GAAUAUCACCGAGCUCGUGAGAUCGUCGCUGGACGUGCCUGUCGGAUCCUAAACAAUAUCCUCUUAUCUCGCGAAUGUCGCGAACAUAAACACGAGAGUUCAUUUCGAUAUGUUCGCCGCGUCGAGUUUAUCGUCGCGUUGCGUUUUUUACAAACCGUUUCCGCCAUCACGUUGAGCCGCUAUGAACGGCUGCGAAUCACUCCCCGAGAUGAUAAACUGCUCAGCGUUGUUUACGAACGGACGUUGCGAUCAAGCAUGUAACGACGGCCGUCGAACGACACGACCGCCGUCCCGUCGUCGUCGUCAUCGUUUGACAUCGCGUUCAACGUGAAACGUUCGUCGCGCGAUCGACUCGGUCGAUCGAGCGAGCGAGCGAACGAGCUUUCGGUCAUCUUCGGCGUCGUGGUCGUCACGGGCGCCGAUCCUUUCGCUUUUAUUUACACGCACGCACGCAGGUAGACAGGCACGCACAGCUACGCUCUUCAUGUAUAAACAUGGCCGUCGUGCUUUAUGAUAAUCGUUCGUGUCGGUUAAAACGGAGAAGUGUCGUGCGCGACUGCGAGUAAUAUGGAUGAAGGACUUCAGUCUCAGAGAAACCCAGGCUGUCGUCUGGGUAAGCAAUGAAUGUACUGCGUAUCUUGACACCGUGUGUGUUAAAACGCAGACGUGUAAGAAGUAUAGAUAGUACCGACGAAAGGGAUUCCUGGUUUAUGAGAAGACAGCGUGGAGAUGCCUCUCACAUGAUACAUAGAAUGGGUGCUUCUGCAUCAUCAAGUGUCACCAGUAUAGGUGGAGAUUCGGUCCAAGCAGCUAGACUCUCAGCAUCAAGCAGCCCAGAUCAACAUGGCAUUGCAGUUAGUUGUUUAUUUAUGUAUAGAGAGAAGAAAAAGAAGAUGACAGGAUUUGCGACAUUACGCAAGAAAUUCAUUAGAAGACGCCGUUCUUCUAAAGCAUGUGAUCAUGGUAGAAUUAUUAGAGAUUUGGUGUAUACAUGGAGUCAUUUGGAAGCAACAGCCUUGUUAGAGGAAUAUGAGGCACUGGCUGCGUUGAAAGAUCUUCAUGUUCAAGCUGAAUUAGCUAGACCACCAGCUGCCACUUUUAAGCAGGACUUGUCGAUGCUGUAUGAUCACAAGCAUUGCUCUGAUGUUGAUCUUGUAUAUAGAGGAGCGUGUUUUCCCGUUCAUAGGGCUGUGCUUUCUGCCAGAUGUCCAUAUUUUAGAGAUUUGUUAGGAGGCUGCCCUGGAUACGGUGCUAGGAUAUGUUUGGAGUUAAGGACUCCACAUCUCGAAGUGCCGAUGUUCUCAGCGUUGCUGCGGUAUCUUUACACCGGUGACAUUUGUCCGCACGACGCAACAUUAGAAACGAACCUGUUGCGACGACUUGGGGAGGAAUUUGGAACUCCAAAUCCGCUAGAACAUGAUCUCAGAUAUUUGCUCGAAUCCGGCGAAAACGCGGACGCCGCUCUCAUAUUCACCUCAGACGGUGAUUAUCAAAGACCAGAUAGUGGUAGUUCUGAAUACGGAUUUCGUCCAAAACUGGAACUGCCGUGCCACAAAGCGAUACUUUCCGCGCGAUCACCUUUCUUCAGGAAUUUAAUACAAAGACGGACUAGAUCAGGCGAGGAUCACACGGAAAGAGCGCUUCACAUACCUACUAGAAUAGUGUUGGAUGAAAGUGUAAUACCUAAACGAUACGCCAGAGUCUUACUACAUGCUGUAUAUUUAGAUACUGUUGACUUAUCGUUAAUAACGAGAACAAGUGGUUGUGGAAACAGUGCUGGUAGUCUGGGUGAGGUUCAAGCUCUAACGCAUACAGGUCGAAUGCGGCCGAGUCCUUUAGAAGAAGCAAUGGAAUUGUACCAGAUUGGACGGUUUCUCGAGCUUGAUAUAUUAUCGCAGGGUUGCGAGGAUAUUAUCUUGGAGUGUCUCACCUUGGAGUCGCUACCAACCGUUCUCAAAUGGGGUAGUCAACCUCACGGAUCAGCAUGGGUGCACAGACAAGCGUUGCAUUAUUUAAGAGAGGAAUUUCAACCGAUCGCUUCGUCCUCAAUCCUCCAUCAAUUAGAUCACGCUCAUUUAGCAAAUGUUUUACAGAGUCAUUUUUUACAAGCGAGUGAACUUGAGGUACUGCAGGCAGUACUCAAAUGGGGCGAACACGAAUUAGUACGUCGAAUGGAAGAUCGGGAACCCAAUUUACUUAGCCACACUGUGCACUCCGUGACGAGGAAGGGCAUCAAGAAAAGAGAUCUCAGCGAUAUUGAAUUGCGAGAGAUACUCAGUGAACUUCUACCUCUUGUCCGAAUAGAUCAUAUAUUGCCACCGAAUAGCGAAGCAUUGGCCCAAGCCAUCAGGAGAGGUUUGGUUUCUACCCCCCCAAGCCACAUGAUAGGCGAUGAAAGAGAUAAUUUGCGGAUGAAUGCGUGGAUAAGAGGUGGAAAGAAAAACGGAUUCUUCGUGAGGCCAAGGUUAUUCAUGCCGUACUACGAAGAGAUUAAGUCUUUGGUAGAGGAACAGAUGGUUCAAGAAGCCGAUUUAGUAAGACUGCGAAGACCGCGAUAUGUAGCGGAUAUACCAGACGCGCUGUAUAUGGUUGAGGAGAAACCAAGAGCCAUGGGUACCGCCGGUGUUGAUGUUCUUGCUGCAGCAUUUCCAGUACCAGAUUCUGCAACGAUGGCCUUGAUGCUGAAACGGGAGCAAAAAUUGAGGCAGUCACCCAGCUGUCAACGGGCGAUAAGCUUGCCGCUUUCUUCGCGACAUGAAAUUAAUCGGCAAGUGCGACUGCGUGUUGUCAGGGAGUUUAAUCUACCUGAUACUGUAGCCGAUCUUCUGGAAAACACAGCGUCUUACAGUAUGAAAGAGCAAAACGAGCAGAGGAUGACAGAUAUAGAGGACAUUGACUCGCCUGGCAUGGGUAUUCGUGUGAGAACUACCGCCCCAGUGUGUUACGGGAGGAACAUGACAUUUCCUCGGCCGACUUCGUCUUACGCACAUAGGCAUGAACUUCCAGCUAUAGUGACCGAGGGAGAGAGCUGCAGACUUCUUGCUGAGCAACAAGAGGGCAAUUCCUGCAGCGACGGCCAAUUGUCGGGCGUAAUGCCGGACGUAGCGAUGGCGACGGCCUCCUUCGGCGCCCUGCAGUUAAUAGAGGAGCAGGAAUUGGAAUUGGAUCUCGGUGACGGGGCGUCGCAUCUAAUGCCACAUGUCUCCCCGUCGAGCGGGAACAUCGAAGCGCACCGCUCGUCGCUGCCUCAUCAGCAUCAGAGACAUUUCUCCGGCCCGCCACCACCACCGUAUGUGUAUCAUCGUGCUGGCACUGCCUUACCGAGGUUUAUUUGAAAUUUAUAUACAAUAUGCGGAAGCGAACAACGUGGCAACUACUGAUUCCCUCUGCCCUCUCGUCCCCGUCUCCUCUCUGCCCGUCCCUCCCUCCCAAGCUACUUCUUCCGUCGUCAUCUACCCGCUGCCCCUUAUUAUAUAGUAUCUGCUACGUAGCACCUAUCGAUGAAAUCUUGUUAUUGCUGGUACAAAUUGAUUAUGGGCGGAUAAUUGUAGGUACAUCCUUAUUUAAAAGCAAGCUUUUAUGAGUGUAGAAAGUACUUGGUUUAAAUGCAUUUGUAACCUUAGCGGAUCUAGGAGUUAUGCACUGCGAACGUACAGAAAGGAAAGAAGGGAAGGAAGAGGAAGGGACACACGCUCGUGCGAGCACGGUGCGAAUUUUGCGAAUUUUGCCUCGUUCUUUCGUGUAAAACAGAGAUUUUUCGCUGUACAAUAUUAUGUAGAUGUAACGAUGAGACUAAGUGCAAUCGUGUACGAGAUAGAAGAGAAGGAAAAGACGGAAAGAAAAUAAGGAGGAAAUGCGAUUGUGAUUUAUACAUAUAAAUAUGUAAUCGUGAUAUGUGUAUAUGUGAGUGUACUUAUGUGUGUUUGCGUCGUGCGCGUAUGCAUGUGUAUGUGCGGAAAUUAAGGUGUAACUCGCACUGUUCCGGCUGAGAAGUGUCAAGACUGUUUAAGCAAGAAAGUCACGUGGAAGGUAUAAAAAAAAUAAAAAAAGAGCAAAGGAACAAUAUACGAAAUAUUGAAUAAAUCGCGCCUUGUUCACAGUUUACCAUCUUACAUAAUUAUACUGCUCCAUAAAUACAUGACGGAAAGUGAAAGUAUCGCACAUUCGUACGGUUUGUUCUUUCUCGCUUGCGUGAGAGAAAGCGCGACGAACUUACGGGAAUGAAGCAAGCCGCGAAGCGUUUGAUGACAUUUUGCCGUUCUGAACUUUUUAAUUUUUCCUCUCUCCUGUCUCCUUUUCUCUCUUUCUCUUCUAGGGCAGUUUCGAUGUAUGACGGGCUAUAGUAAGACUGUAAGUAUACAAGAGAAAUCUAAUCGAUAAAACAUAUAUCGCGCUCAGAGAUGACGUCCGGAGCGCCUCAGGUCGUAAAAAGCGUGCGUGACGUCCGCGAUAUUUAAUGGGUUAAUUAAUUAUCGCUGAGUGCCCAGGUGCAUGAGAAUUUUCUAAGAAAAAAUUUUCCAUGAAUUUAAAUGUAUACACAUCGCUGCUGGCCUUGCCGGCGCGACUUCAUUGAAAUAUAUCUACAAACAGAUUAUACAAACAUAAACUGUACGUGCUAUAUACAAGAUGACCUAGAAGUUAUAUCUGAAAUUACGAAAAACAAUUCGAUCGGCCCCGUUUGAAGACGCAGCUUUCGAAUCGCGAACAGUCGGGUGCUCGAAGUGCCCGGCGAGUGAUGUUCGAAGAAUGCGAAUGGUCAGUGGAAUCUUAUUCCUAACUCACUUUUAAAAAGUACUUAACAAAUAUCUGAAUUCAAUUUGGCGGGGCCAAAUAAUUGAAGACAGUAAUCUCGAGAUAGUGAAAAUUUAAGAUUGAGAGGACAGUACCUGUGUUCAAGUCCGAGUCUUUCGGGUCAUCGUGCACAUAGCCUGUUUCGCGAAAGUUAUGAAAUAUCAGACUUUGCUUGAAUUUUAUCGCGCAUAAUAUGAGCAACGAACUGUAGAAAAUGCGCCGCUUUCACUUUCGUCGGUACAACAACGAUCAGGCGGGAAUUAAUCACCAUAAACGUACAGAGAUGUAAGAUUAAUAUUGACGGAUAGUAACUAUUCUUUAUUUAAUAAGACUCCUCUGUGUCGCGACAUGGGAUGUAAUUAUUGCUAAGAUACACUCGAUAGAGAGCUCAUUUUAAAAGAAUAUGUAUUCUCAAAGAAUUCCUUUACCGUCCUUAUGUUAGGUACAGUACUUGAAAUCGCUGUCUCCUGCGUAAUAUCGACGCAAGUUUCGUUCGUGUAAAAGUGAAUUGACGUCUGUAUAUUAUAUUUGUUUUGCAUAAUUCACUAAAGAAGAAUAUAUCUAUAUAUAAAACGACGAAAUUUGGCGUUGUCGGCGCUGUUGUAUUAUCGGCGACUGGCAUUAAUUGUGAUAUUAUUCGAGAAAGUUAUUAGUUCGAUCAUUGUAAUUUAUAAUAAACUUCUGUUGCAGAUCAGGGUCUCGGAAAAAAAAUGUAUUAUUGUACGAAGUAUCAUUAACACUGU